AUCGAACUGCAAUAACUUCCAAUUUUUUAAGUCAAAUUGGUGGAUGGCUGACAGCCUCAAACACCACACCCUUCUCCCCCACAAACUGAACUCAACCAUGGUCUGUACCUGAAAAAGAAAAAGUUCAUCACUCCAUCAUCAUCCUCAAAAAACCAAAACAAAACUGAAUACACGAAUCUAUGUCAAUAUCCAUGGCCUUGUUUUCUCCUCCUUGUCCUACCUCCUUCUCUGUCAACCCCAAUUUCACCCACAAACCCACUCUUUUUCUCCCUCUUAAGAAACCCUUUCUUUCGCUUUCCACUCCUAAGUCUUUACCAGACAAUGGAGCUGGAGUUUCAGCUUCUGUUCCUGCCGUUGAAGACCCAAAACCCAGUCAGAAUGACCCCGUCCUCGAAAAGGCCGUGGAGGGAUCUUCUGGGCCUAACGGGGCGGCUACCAGCACUGAAAUUGAGGUUUUGAGCAAGUUUGAGGAUCCUAGGUGGAUUGGAGGAACUUGGGACUUGAAACAGUUUCAGAAAAAUGGCACCACUGACUGGGAUGCUGUUAUUGAUGCUGAGGUCAGGAGGAGAAAAUGGCUCCAGGAUAAUCCAGAAACUACCAGUAAUGACGACCCUGUAGUGUUUGACACUGCCAUCAUACCUUGGUGGGCAUGGAUGAAGAGAUUCCAUCUACCUGAAGCUGAAUUGCUUAAUGGCCGUGCAGCAAUGAUUGGGUUCUUCAUGGCAUAUCUGGUUGAUAGCUUGACUGGAGUAGGAUUGGUUGACCAAAUGGGCAACUUCUUUUGCAAGACCCUAUUGUUUGUAGCUGUUGCGGGAGUGCUUUUAAUCAGGAAGAAUGAAGACUUAGAUAACAUCAAGAAGCUUAUUGAAGAGACAACCUUUUAUGACAAGCAAUGGCAAGCAACUUGGCAGGAUGACAAUAGUUCCAACAGUAACUAGUUCAAUUGUAGUUUCUUAACAUUUUUUUUUCACCAAUGCCGUAUUUUCAGCUCUUCCCUGUUUGUAAGGAAACUUGAAAUAUGAGUACUUUCUAUAUGCCUCGCUAUGUUGUGUGCGUGAUUUUUUAGCCUCAUCGAAUAUAUGAAAGUUUCAGCUAA